CGGAACAGUGCUAGGCCACUCACUAAUACCUUAGCUCGUACAUACGCGGUUCUCAGGGAGAAACUUCGUAUUUCUUCGCUCCUUCAAGUUGCUCAUCACCUCUUCGACUCUUCGAGCGAACCUACCUCGAGUCAGGUCGUACUCGCUCGCCUCUCCGUUCCAUAGUAGCUUCCUUCUUCCUCGAGCUUUUGCCUUCAGGUCUUUCUAAGAAGAACGACAGUCGCUGUGCUAACCCGACGAACUCGUUGGCAGUCUCAGUUGUAAAUCGCAGACCUGCGGACUUUGCGGGGCUCUUCUUCGCGUUUUUUGCGUGCCACGGUUUGACAGCGACGUCGCGUUGCUUCGAGUUGUUUGUUUGACAGCAGCGCCAUCGUCGUUCGUGCUAGUGCUAGUGGCGUCAUGGCGGACAGUUCAAGCUCGCAGUUGCACGAUCUGGCGAACUGCUUGUCGGACUGGAGGUUGACUUCAAGUAUCGCUGUGGCUAGCAGUGCUCUUCUUUUUUACGACUACACCCUCACUUGGUCCGAGGAGGUCCGAUUCUUGUGGGUACCUGAACGGCCCAACUUCGGACGCAUAUUGUUCUUCUUUGCUCGGUAUCCCGCCCUCGCUGGUGCGAUUAUCGAUAUAUUGCCUGCGACAGUGGCGCUGGGGAACGUCCUCACAUGUAUACGACUCAUCACGAUCAUUGCAGCAGACCUUGUGUUCGCGACACGUACAUGGGCGAUCUGGCAGCGCGACAGGCGAAUAAUAAUUUUCCUGAUAUGCGUGUCCAUCGCAGCAAUCGUCCCUGCCGUAGUCAUCAUCGAAAAAGACAUAGUCACCACCGUCUGGGGUCCCUCUGUAGCACCCGACCUCACCAACUCGUCGCAAUGUCAGAUCCUGGUCAGCGCCGUCAAGAACGUGUGGGUCGUUCCGUAUGUCAUCGUCAUUUGUUAUGAAUUCAUUACGCUCACCCUUUCUAUGUACAAAAUUCUGGCAUAUUUCCGGGAAGCGCCUAUAGCCACUAGAUCGCCUCUAAUGCAUGUACUUUGGACAGAUGGUAUCAUGUACUUCGUAUUCAUGCUCCUAUUAGGAGUUUUCAAUAUCGUUCUCGUUCUUCAAGUUUCCGCUCCUCAACUCCGUUCCGGCGGCACGCAACUUCAAAUGAUCCUCCACAGUGUCCUCUCAACCCGCGCCGUCCUCCACCUCUCCUCCACAUCCUCCCGAACCCUCAACGGUGCCAACACUGGCUCAGGCUCGAUAACGGACUAUAAAUUCACAAGUAUGAUCUUUCCCGACCAAUAUACGCCCGACACUGUCGAUUCGGGUGGGUCUUCUGGGACGAGUACGAGUGGGAGCGGGGGCGCGUAUUCCAAGAUGAUGACGACGACUGUGACGGAUGAAUCUACGAGUCGGGGGGCAGGACCGGUGUCGGUUGGAUCGCAUGAUAUCGAGAUGGGAGUUAUGGGAACCGAUGCAAGAGAGGGUGGGGGAGGACGGAGAGGGGAGGGGGCCGUGUUGGAAGUACCGAGAAGUCCGCUGAGCCCUAGUUUACCUCGAAGUCCGACGCUUGUGGAUGUCUAUGUGGGGCACGGGGACAAACCAUGACGUUUUCCGUAUUCUUGCUUUGUAUUGGGUGCAUUUACU